AUGCCUAUGCUCUCCCAUGCUGCUAUGCACCAAAUUUCAAAACCAAGCUUCUUGAGUGAGAAGAUGGUGAACAGAAGAAAAUUAGGAAGUGAAAAUGAAGAAGGGAACAUGGAAUGGAAACAGAUAAGGGAAGAGGCAGCAUCAGUGGCUGCUGCACUACUAAGAGCUCGUAGAGCCAAAAAACGUUACAUUGGUGUGCGCCAAAGGCCUUCAGGGAGAUGGGUGGCUGAGAUCAAAGACACAAUACAGAACAUUAGACUCUGGUUGGGCACUUAUGACACUGCUGAAGACGCCGCUAGAGCUUAUGAUGAGGCGGCGCGAUUGCUUCGCGGUGCCAACACCCGCACGAAUUUCUUCCUUCCUUCCCAAUCUUGUGAUUAUGUUCCAGCUCUUCCUCCAAAGAUUGCCAAACUCCUCCUUCUUAGGCUCAAAGUAAGAAACCUUGAAUCUUCUUGCAUGGUUGGUACCCCUUUUCCAACAUAUGAGCUAGAAACCAAACAAGAACCCGAACCCCAUUUUUUUCACCAAAUAGAAGAACAGCCCCACUUAGAAAACUUUCUAGAGAGCUAUGAUAUUGGUGCUAGUUAUGGUUCUUCUACUACCACAACUCCUUGUGAUUAUAGUAGUGGAGGUAAUUAUGAUGAAAAAAUAAACCAAGAGGGGAGGGGAGAGGAUUUCAGAUUGGGGAUGGAUUGUGCUAACAAUAUUGUUGAUGAUGGGAUUGGGAACAAAUACAAUCACAUUGUGAGUGGUGAGGGAGAAUAUGAAGACUGUGGUAGUGUUGGGCUCAAUGACUUCCAGUUUUUGGAUUCUGUUGGAUCAUCAAGCUACCCUUCUUCUGCAUUUGACAUAGCAGAGGAGAUGGUGGGGCCAAUGGAUGAAGAGAAAUGCAAUAUGGAGGAGGGUUUACCAUUACUUAGAGAAACUUUUAGGAUGAAGUAUGAACGUAGAUUCUCAGCUUGUCUUUACACAUUAGUUGGAGUGUCUGAAUGUUUGAAUCUACGAGUUGGACCAGAAAAUGGAGAGGAAUUAGAAAAAAAUUGA